AUGGGUUGUGUUGCUUCAAAGCUAGAGGAAGAAGAAGAGGUUGUGUCAAUUUGUAGAGAAAGGAAACGUCUUAUAAAGUUAGCAGUGGAUAGAAGAUAUGCACUUGCAGAAGCACAUUUUAGGUACUGUCAAGCUCUUUAUGCUGUGUCAGCUGCCAUUAAGCUCUUUGUAGCUCGCCAUUCAUCACCUGCUUCACCUUUUCUCAUCACUUUUCCUCCACCUUGUCCGACUACACCACCGGCCACGGACCAAAACGUGAUGACCAACCCAAUGUUGCUUCAACAAAGGCCUUCGGAGUCCACUACCCAUGAAGCCAUUGCUCGUGAGUCUUGUGGUUCUUCGACAAGCUCGGACAGUUCAGAGGAAGUGACUGAGCAAGAGGUGGUGAGAGAACACCACCACCACAACCACCAACAACAACAACAACAACAUUGUGAGUACUUUUAUAUGCAAAUGCCACCACCAAUGCCAUCACCGCAAAGGGAUUUUGGGUGGGACUUCUUUAAUCCGUUCGAUGUUGCUAGACCAGAGAUUCUGAGUGGGUAUAACAGGUGUUCCGAGGAUGAUUUAAGAGCGGUGAGGGAACAGGAAGGGAUUCCGGAGCUAGAAGAGGAAGGGGACACCAAAGAGGAAGAGAAGAAAGUUGUCAUUGUUGAAGAAAAAGAUAACAAAAGGGAGCAUGGGGAGAGUGAAAGUGGUGUGUUGAAAGUGAAGGAAGAGACACAUGUGAGCGAAGGAGAACAAAAAGGGCUUACAGUGAUGGAUAGCCCAGAAAAAGGAAGGGAACUUUUAGAAGCCUUGAAAGAUAUUGAAGAUUAUUUCAUCAGGGCUUAUGAUUCUGGGAAAGAUGUAUCAAGAAUGUUGGAAGCUAAUAUGGUUCAUUUGCAAUCUGGUUUGGAGGGAAUUAAAGAGAACUCGACUAAAAUCAUCCAGGCUAUUACAUGGCAUCGAUCCACUUUGUCUAAGGCUCAAUCAUGUAAGAGUCUGGUGGCAUCCAGUUCAAAAGGUUCUUCAGCAUGGACAGAAUAUAAGACUGAUCUGUUUGAUCAAUAUGGAGGAAUGGAUUCCGGAAGCCAUUCAUCAACACUGGGAACACUUUGUGCGUGGGAAAAGAAGCUUUACGAAGAGGUUAAGGCUGGUGAUAGCACAAGGAAAAUUUAUGAGAGAAAAUGUUCUCGACUGAGAAACCAGGAUGUCAAGGGAUAUGAUGAGUUUACAAUGGAUAAAACCAGAGCAGCAGUAAAAGAUUUGUAUGCCCGAAUCUUGAUUGCAAUUCGAAGUGCUGAAUCAAUCUCAAAGAGAAUUCAGAAACUCAGAGAUGAAGAACUUCUUCCUCAAAUUGUUGAACUGUUAAAAGGCCUAAAACGAACCUGGAAAGUUAUGCUUGAAUCUCAUGAAACCCAAAACAAAAUUCUCUCUGAAGUGAAAUCUUUCGCCUGCUCUUCGUUUGGAAAGUUCUACAACGAUUCUCACCGGCUUGCUACGCUUCAACUAGAGGCCGAGCUUCAAAACUGGCGUGCUUGCUUUAGGGAGUAUGCUGCGGCUCAAAGAGCAUACAUUCAAGCUCUUCAUGGUUGGCUAACUAAGUUCAUGGCUCCUGAAGUAGAAUUUUAUUCCAGAGGGAGGAGCUCUAGUGCCCCAUAUGGAGGUAAUGGGCCUCCACUUCUUGUGAUAUGUUAUCAUUGGUUAAAUUCCAUGGAAGAGUUACCAGAUAAGGCAGUCACCUUUUCAUUGAAAAGCUUUUCUAAGGAUGUAAAGGCACUGUGGGCUCAGCAAGGGGAGGAACAGCAACAGAAGAAGGAAGUUGAUGGUAUGGCAAAAGAACUUGAUAGAAGGACCAUGGCAUUCCAGAAGGCUGAAACCAGGUUCUUGGAAUCCAAGCUGCUUACGGAAUUAAAAUCCGAGUACGAUACGGAACAGCGGAAUGAAUAUCUAAUGGAGAAGAAAGAUCAGUUGGAUAUGAUGAGGAAUAGGUUGGAUGUGGAAAGAGAGAAACACCACAAUUACAUGCAAGAAACACAGAGAAUCACAUUGAAUGGAUUUCAGAGUGGGUUUUCAACUGUUUUCGAGUCCUUAAUCGAAUUCUCCAAGGCUUCUACGAAAAUCUACAAUGACCUUGUGACUCUAAGUGAAAAUGCUGCAAAAAUGGGGAAUAUGUCGUAUGUCGAGGGCUCCAAGGUUGAGGAAAAUGGUAGCAGAUGACAUAACAAAUCUAAAGAGAUUUCUGAGAAUCUUGCUUUAAUGAGUUUGAUGCAGUUUCUACUUGUAUAUUAUUGCAUAUCAUGUCUAAGCAGCUCUCUUAGGCAAAUUUAGUUAUGUUUCCGGGCUGUUUCAGUUCUGAUGAUAUAGCUGAUUGUUUAUCAUCAUCAUUACAUGUCUAAUGGCUGUUGAUGAAAGAUCUUUGCAAGAACUUCAA